GGCACAGUGCCGCGCCUAACAAAAGAUACAGACUGACAAUACCCCGUGUAGCGUUUUAGUAGAGCCUGAAGAUGUAGUAAGGAUCGAGCUUCGCCUCGUCGAGGUUUAUGCAGACGAAAACUCGGGUGCGUUUUACGCAGUGAAUACGAAUAGACAGCCCCAAAGAUAGACAUAGAGCAACAGAAAAGAUGCCUCACAAUUUUUCCCGCACAGCUGACCUCCAGACCCUGGGGAUAAAAAUUUCCCCGACCUCCAGCACGUCUUCAGUCGAUGAGAAUGAGAUCCGCAAGGCAUAUUUCAAACUCGCCAAAACGCAGCACCCGGAUAAGCAGGGCGGGAGUAAGGAGCAAUUCCAAAAGCUCGUGGGCGCCUACGAGCGUCUGAGCGGAAAAGAAGAUUUUUCGUACGAGAGUUCUUGUGCCAAGAAUACGACAACCUACCAAAAUCAUUCGUCAGGUCGUUCCAGCACUUCAGAUUUUUACCAUCGACACCAGCAACGGGGAUAUUACAACAGCGACGGUUUUUGUGACGCACCACCCGGUUAUUCUCCAUUUGGAUCGUCCCAUUUUAGUUGGGGCGACGACGAUUUUUUCGACGAUUUCUUCUACGACAGUCAUUUCAAGUUUUUCCAGCGCUUCUUCCAGAAGCGACAACGAAACCACAGUAGUUUCGACUUCGACGACUUUAUUUUCAGCGAUGCUCCUUGUGCGGGGUUCGACGACUUUGACUCGUGGGACAAAAAGGAGCGACAGGCGUACAGUGCGCAACGGGCGAAGAAUGUGAAGAAGGGGUACGAUAAAAGGGAUAGGGAGUUCAAGAAAUCUCCAGCCGAAUCUGCUUUCACAAAGACGGGGAGGCUGAAAAAAAACCGGAAAAAUGCGAACGAGAAUGCUCCUGCUGCUUGCAAGUUUUGCCAGAAGACGGUGCCCAACACGGUGAUUACGGAAUCGAAAGCGAACUCGAGUGGGUUGAACUGGAGCCAAUACUGCACCCACCCUUUCGGAUACCAAACGUGCUGGGCGUGCAAGAACGCGCACAAGAGUGUCAUGACAGAGAACAUGGCGCGAAAGAAAUUUUCUCGGGUUUUGGACAACGACUUUUUAGAAGAUGUUUUUCUGAAAUUACGACGAGAAAACAAGUGCUUUGACCACAAACCACACAACCCGCACGUGGGGACGCGCACGUCCGUUUACUAUUGGGUGCCUGAUUUGGAGCCAAUCGCGGUCGCACGGGGAUGGAAGAAAAGGAAAACCAAUAUUAAAGGCAAGGCAACUGGCGCGGCUCCAGAAGACGGGAACUGCUACGCAGCUGGUACAGCACCUACUUCUAGAGCUGCUGAUCCUACCUCAACGUCCUUCGAUUCACCACGUGCUGGCGCACCCGCUUCCUCAAAGUCGUGGUGCCCAAGCUGCGGCAGUGUUUGCCUCGUGCAAUGUCCUUUCCAUCAACUACCGAAGCAGGAGGAGGACUCUCGGAAAGCAGCAAGCUCUUGCCCCGCGACAGCUCGUAGCACUUCAUACGAAGAUGAUUGCGGUUCCAGCUCCCCACCGCAACAGAAAAAUGCUGGCACGAGGGCUCCAUCAUCACCAAAGACAGCAUGCAGCAGGGGUUCUACUUAUCAGAGUGGAUUUUUGUCCCCGACGCCAAGCUCAUCGCUAGAAUUAUCCGAUGUUCCCUCCGACUCGUCCUACACGUCAGACUCCGCUUGUCCACUCGUUGCGAAGAUGAACGAUAAGGAGCAGGGGAAAACGAAAAAGUAUUCGCAUUCCCCUGCUGUGAGGAAGAACACGAACAAGAGAAGCAGAGCCAAGCAAGCACAGAGAAGAUAAACAGAAACCUGUCGAUGAGACCAUGACUUUUUUGUAUGAUGAACACUUUUCUACUUCAAAAAUUCGAUCGAAUUCUACGAAGACGGACAGCUCUUCUAUAUUAACUUUGAUGCUAGAGUAACAAGAUCCCCUAGAAGUUGUACAGAAGGGCUUUAAGCAAUACUAGCGAUGUACGAUUCAUUCCGUAUCAUUAUUUUCACAUUAGGAUCAACGCAGUUUCUUUUUCCAAAAAUUUUACAACCCUCUACUCAUCGCAGCUUCAAACCAGUACCACGACCACCUGAAAU